UCUGUUUGUAUUUUUAAAAUUUGGUAUUUUAAGCGCGAUCGUGCUAUGAGUUAGUAGAGAGCGCAUAAAAGUUUGUGAUUUCCCGUAAAUGCUCCUCAUUAGCAGUGUGACUGCGGCGACAAAACGGUUAUAUUCAAAGGAUCUAUAAUGGCGGAGGCUAGAGAAAUUCGUGGUUCCAAUCGCACAGCCCGCGAGGUGCAGCAGGACUUUGCAGAAUCGCUUGGCUAUGCCGAAGAGAUUAUCUGGGAUUUAUUGUCCCAAGAACAAGCAGAGAUACUGCAUAAAAAACUAAAGGAACUGAUUCGUGAUCCUCCACAACCUCCACAAUCAGGUGUUGAUCGGUCAGCUGCUGAUAUUGAGAAAGAAGAAAAAAUCAGAAAUAAGACUAUCGCAGAUAAUAAAAAGGCCCGGGAAAUCAUUUUUGAUGCCGUUUGGGAGCAGCGAAAGUAUACCAACCGUCAAUCGCUAACUGCAAUAAUAUACAUAUUGGUAGUAACUGACGAAAAUGACGUCAACCGCGUGGAGGAUUCCAGGGCUUACAGCUGUCAUGCAGUUUUCCGGGCCCGCCGAUGCGUUACUAGCAGUAGUGGCAGCAGUAGCGAUAGUUCUGACUGUUGCAAUUUAUUCGUGGAUGAGAUUGGUCGAGUAUACCAGAAUUGGGACCAAUAUGUGGCCACCAACGAGCUGCCCGCCGGAGUCAUGGUGGCUCCCGAGAGAGGAAUCUAUCGUCUGGGUAGAGGUGGUGUUCGUUUGGACAAGUACGUGACGCCAGCUGGUAGUACUAAGAAGAAGGUGCUGGGUUAUAUGGAUACUGGAUCGGCUAUCGGAGGCUUUGCUGCCGCUUGUGUGCCCAUAGCUGCGUUACUGACACUUCCCGUGUCCGGUCCGGUGAUGGCCGUGGCGGGAGCCGUGGGUUUGGCUAGUGCAGGAUACGCGACAACCCGGUCGGGAAUAAAGUUGGUGGAUCGUAGCCAGCACGAACAGUCCAUUAAUGUGACGAACCGCGAAGCACGGGGACACUGGCUGGGCGUAGUUGCCGGUGCUGUAGGAUUGGGUGCGGCUGGGGCCACCACAGCCUUGACAACAGCCACGAAUGCCGGGCGCGAGGUGGGAGCGAUCACACAAAUGACUGUAAAUGGCAUGAACAUAUCCUCGAUCGUAGUUUCGGGCACUGGAGUUGCCAACGGUGUGCUAGACCUAAUAUUGAAAGUCCAGGAUGGAGACGACGUUACUGGCAUGGAUGUCCUACAGCUGUCCGCUUCGCUGGUACUGCUCACGCACAGCGUCUACAAUUUUAAAUUGGCUUCGACUAUCAUCAAUGAGACGGCCAACAGCAACAUUUCUGGUUAUCGUGAAACACUAAGUAGAAACCAGAGACGUGCCUUUGACAAAGCCGCUAAGGAGACCGUUAGGAUGCAGGGCAAUACCCGCGGCAAGCUAGACAUCAUACGUAACGUAAACGAGAUGCCAUCGCGCCAGCAGUUCAAUGAUCUUUACAAGAUCAAUAAAAACUUGAAUCAAGAGGGCGUGAGAUACUCAUUUGCAUCCGAUGGUCAAGGAAUUUUGCUAAAUGGCGAAGUGCAGACGACGGCGGCGGAUUUGCGCGCCAGUGUGCAGCACAGCCAGGGACAGAAUAUCCUAGGCCAAGUUAGUCAGCCCAUUCCCGCUAGCCACUCGGAAUCGGGCAGCCUGCAACUGAAUGGCGUAAGUCGAGCUUCCCGAUUAAUUGGACCGCUGCCCACAUCGCAGCCGCGUCAGGAACCUAGUACUUAUGCCGCCGGCGUUUUCGUCUUGGAGCUGAGCUCCGUAAUGGUUGACGGCGUCUUGUUUGUUUUAGAGAAUUACGGCCAAAUCAUCUUCGAGCACGUGAUCAAUGCAGAAAGCUUUGAGACUUUGAUCAGUGGCAUGGCCGAAAAUCUUGAAGCGGACGUCUUUGACUUUAUAUUGAGGCUGACCAAAACCUUUAUGGACACCAUGCUAGAAGAUCUAACCUCGCGGCUUAGGUUCUUCAUAUCGACAGAGGCUGUACUCUUCCGCAUUUUAAAGCAGGUGUUGGAGAACUACAGAAACAGGACUUAUCAAUAUGUGAUGGAUCACACCGGAGAUAUCCUGCAAGCGGUCAGAACUUAUUUCCUGUCUCUCAACCCAAACUCAUACACCGGCCUCGUCCAGAAAUGCUCCACAUGUGUUGGCUAUUUCAGCAUUUGUCCCUUGUAAUCCCACAUGUUAAAUCGGGAUGUAAAAGCCAUUAGAAUUCGGUAAUUGGUGCCUUGUUGUUAAAACACAAACGUUAGUUUACUAAUUGAUAUGCACAAACAUUCUAUAGCUGUGUUAAUGGUUAAAACUUUUUAAACCAUUUUUUAUAUAUAUACAUACUUUUAAAUGAAAUCAAAUCUGAGCGUAUAUUGACGAUUGAAAGCAAUGUCUUUAUUAACCAUGAGCACAAACUGACAUUAAAUGAUUAAAUAAAAAAAAUAUUAAUAUUUUUUACUGACUAUUGGCAAACAACAAUUUACCAAAUAAUUAACUAUUUGUGGCAAAAUCAAAA